AUGCCUCGAACAGCAGAGACAGCUAGUUUUCAGUUCAAUCAUACAAUGAUACGUGUCAGAGAUCCGGAUAUCUCUGUAAAGUUUUAUACAGAGAUCAUUGGCAUGGAUCUUCUAUCUAAGAAGGAUAUGGGCGAUUUCACGCUGUAUUUCUUGGCUUUUGAUCAAGGACAGAACUACAAGGAUAUGUCCGCAGAAGAGAAAGACAAAGCGAGAUUCGCAAGGGAAGGCGUACUUGAAUUAACUCACAACCAUGGGACCGAGACGGAUGCCUCCUUUGCUGGUUAUUCUUCCGGUAAUUCCGAACCUGGUAAGGGCUUUGGUCACAUUGCCAUCACCGUGGACGACGUGGAGGAGGCCUGUGCACGAUUUGAGAAGCUCGGCGUUCAAUUCAAGAAGAGGCCACAGGACGGAAAAAUGAGGCAUAUUGCUUUCAUUCUGGACCCAGAUGGUUACUGGAUUGAAGUGGUCCCCAGUACCUUGAAACUAUGA